AUGACCUCGCAACACCCGGUCGCGAAGCCGUCGCCCGCCGGGUCUGAUACGUCGUCUGACCAUGGCGGCCUGGGUUCCAAAUCAGCUGUUGACGACAAGGUUAUCGUCGAUGCCGCGCCUCCGACAGCGCCCGCGCUUGCAACGCAGCAGACUCAACGCAUGGAAGCGGCAAUGGGCGAUGCUAUCCUCCGAUUCUUCAGAGUUCGAAAAGGGCCGAAAGCGGAAGAGUAUGACCUCGAUGCGAUUGCCACGCAACCGAGUAUCUGGGAUUCCGAGAAUGUCGAGGAGUACAAGAGCCUCUACAUCCACCCGCAAUGGGAGAAUUGGGCUGCUUUUGAUCCUAGCUUUCGAUGGACAUGGAGAGAGGAACGUGCUGUCAGACGUAAGGUGGACUGGAAAAUCAUGGUCUGGGCUUGUGUGAUGUUCGCCGCCCUCAAUAUCGACCGGAAUAACAUCUCCAACGCCGUAUCCGACAAUAUGCUUGACGAUCUUGGGUUGACGCGAGGCGACUAUGUGAGUUACGGACUGCGAGACUGGCUGCUCUGA